GUGUUGCUGAACAAAAAAAAGAAAAAAAUCAUCAAAGAGAUCGUCAUUCUCAAAGAUAUAAUUGUCCUUUUAUGAUUAGAGCAUCAUUUAAUUUACAAACUGGACUUUGGCAUAUUUUAGCUAUAAAUUUGGAAUAUAAUCAUAAAAUGAUGAUUCCUGAACAUAAAAAAUUUUUAAAUAAUCAAAGAAUAAUUCCACAAGAAAUUAAAGAUCGAAUUAAAAUUUAUCAUCAACAAUUCAAAAGAGAAAUUAAUGGAUUUGAAUAUGAAAUCAAAGUUGAUGAAAGUUCAAAUGAAUUACUUCAA